AUGUAUGAGAGGUUUUGGCACAAGAUGGGGGAAAAGAGCACAAUUGUUAUAUCUGGUCACCAAUCUAUAAGUUAUUUUUCUGAUGUCAGAAACCUUUGCUGGUUUUUGGAACCAGAAUUUGCAAAUUCAGUGGUUAGACUACACAAACUUGUUGGAAACGCAAUUACUGAAGACCACCACAUUGUGGUUGGGACAGGUUCUACACAACUCUUUCAGGCUGUACUAUAUGCUCUCUCUCCACCGAAUGCAUCUGAGCCCAUGAAUGUGGUAUCUGCUGCCCCAUUCUACUCGUCGUACCCGUUGUUGACCGACUACCUAAAGUCUGCGCUUUAUAAAUGGGCGGGUGAUGCUUACGAGUUCAGUAAAGAUGGUCCCUACAUUGAACUUGUAACUUCCCCUAAUAAUCCUGAUGGCUUUACAAGGGAACCUGUGGUCCGUCGAACUAAAGGAUUAUUGGUUCAUGACCUUGCUUACUAUUGGCCACAAUAUACUCCAAUAUCUUUUCCUGCAGAUCACGACAUCAUGCUGUUCACAGUCUCCAAAAGCACUGGCCAUGCUGGGAUUCGUUUAGGGAAGAUAUAUGCCUCUAUAGAGUUUCACAUAGCCUUUGGGAAGGCUCGGGGGUCAAGGCCUUCUCCGAUAAUCAAUAUGCAAGGCAGAUUGAUUAUUCGCAUCCCAAUCCUAAUAGCUGUUAUAGUAUCCGAUGAAUGGGCUCUUGUCAAAGAUCGAGAAAUUGCCAAAAAAAUGAUUAAUUUCAUAGAGCUCAACACCAUUGGAGUGUCCAGAGAUUCACAGCUCCGGGCAGCAAAGAUUUUACAAGCUGUGUCUGAAAGCUAUGACCAUGUUGACAACUCUAAAGAAACUGAACCUUUCUUCGAAUAUGGUUACAAUAUCAUGGCAAAGAGGUGGAAGCAACUAAGAGCAGCAGUGAAUAAGAGUAAGCUUUUCAGUUUGCCCGACUUUCCUCCUGGGACGUGCACAUUUACUGGUCGAACUUUUGAAUCACAACCUGGUAAUUUUCAAUUCAAUUUAUGA